GACAAGUACUGAAAAAAAAAAAAAUAAUAUUGUCAAUUGCGUGUGUGUGUUUUUUAAUAAAUGACAACUGUCAAAAUUGACAAAUCAAAUAAUUAGUGUACUUUGUAAUUUGUAUAAAUUGACCAACAAAUAUCAAAGAUAUUUCAGUUAUUCUUAAAAACUUUUUAAAAUUUCGAAUCAUGAAGUAUUUGUGUAUUAUUAAUAGUGAAAAUAAAGUUAACAACUAAUUACGUCAUUAAAUACGACUUAAAAAAAUCUGAAAACAACAACAAUAAUAAAUAAUAGUUAUUAAAAAAAAAAUAAUAACAAUGGCGUUAAUAAAUGUCUUAUUAAUUAGUCAAGUUGCAAGCUAUGUUGUUGCUUUGAUUUUAUCAUUUUGCAUUGUUGUACCAAUGUCACUUCAUCAAAAGGAAUUUAGAGGCAAUUGUUUGUUGUUUUCAACUGGUAUAUGGCAAGAAACUGAUGGACAAUUUGUUGUUAAUUGGUCAUCAAAAUUAUACUGUAAUUAUGUGUUAAUUAUUGGUAUCAUAUUGAUGAUAACGUCAUCAGUACAAAUAUAUAAAUUAUCAAUGUUAAUGUAUCGUGGUGAAGAUAGUUCAUUUUUAUCAGCAUUUAUUGACGUUGUAUCAACAAUAUUUUUAACAGUUUCAGCACUUAUUGCAGCAAUAAUAGUAACACUUGGUUUUAUGACAUGGUGUAAUUGUAUGAUAAAACGUUUUCCAUCAUGUGAAAUUGCUGCUGGUAAUGAUAUUGAUAAAGCUGAUAAUAUUGAUACAAAUGGUUUUCAUAUUGAAUUUGGUGUUGCACAAUUUGGUACAUGGAGUAGUUUAUCAAUUUGGGUUGGUUUAUCUGUAUUUGCUGUAUUAAAAUUAUUAAAAUAUCAUCAAAUUGAAAAUAUGAAAGUAUCAAUGUACAGAGAACGACAAAGACUUGUUGAUGAUGCUGGUUAUAGUCAGGAUAUAAAUUCAUAAAUAUAUAUUUUUAAAUAAUAAUUUCCUUUUUUUUUUUUUU